UAUCUCACUCAUUUUCUAACGGUAUUGCGUCCGUGCGGGAGUGUCCAAGAAAUUAGGAAAUUGGACGAAUGAGAAUGAUAAGUCACUUGUCUUAUUUGUGGAUAAUGUAGGUCGGAUGUACUGUUUGUUUUGGUUUAUUAUUGGCUAAGCGUUAAGAAGAACUUGCCUAAGACCAAUGCAGAAGAAUUGAAGCACAAUUGUUUGAAGUACUGUGAGAGAAAACUGUAAAUAUUUUAUUUGUGCUGUGGUUAAGUGGCUUCCCGUUUGUUGUGUCACGAUGGCUGAGGCUGCAGCUGCUACCACCACGAACCCUAAUGCUGAAAUAGUGCGAGGACAGGUGUUUGAAGUUGGACCGAGGUAUAAAAACCUCCAGUACAUUGGCGAGGGAGCUUAUGGCAUGGUUGUAUCCGCAUAUGACACAGUGAAACAAUCCAGAGUGGCCAUCAAGAAGAUUUCACCAUUCGAACAUCAGACUUACUGCCAAAGAACUUUAAGAGAAAUCAAAAUUCUUACAAGGUUCAAACAUGAAAACAUAAUCGAUAUUCGAGAUAUACUAAGAGCAGAGACAAUUGAACAAAUGAAGGACGUUUACAUCGUCCAGUGUUUAAUGGAGACGGAUUUAUACAAAUUAUUAAAAACACAGAAACUAAGCAACGACCACAUCUGUUACUUCCUGUACCAAAUCCUGCGGGGGUUGAAGUAUAUACACUCGGCGAACGUGCUUCACAGGGACCUCAAGCCUUCUAAUCUCUUGCUUAAUACGACCUGUGAUUUAAAGAUAUGUGACUUCGGACUGGCAAGAGUGGCGGACCCAGACCAUGAUCAUACCGGUUUCCUUACGGAGUACGUGGCUACACGCUGGUACCGCGCACCAGAGAUUAUGCUCAACUCUAAGGGCUACACCAAGUCGAUAGAUAUAUGGUCUGUAGGCUGCAUCCUAGCCGAGAUGCUGUCAAACCGACCCAUCUUCCCGGGCAAGCAUUACUUGGACCAGCUGAACCAUAUCCUGGGAGUGCUAGGCUCACCGGGCCAAGAGGAUCUUGACUGUAUCAUCAACGAAAAGGCUCGGGGUUACCUGGAGUCCCUGCCGUACAAACCACGCGUACCCUGGACGCAAUUGUUCCCGAACGCGGAGCCGCGGGCCCUGGACCUGCUGGACAAAAUGCUCACCUUUAACCCUCACAAGCGCAUCACUGUGGAAGAUGCGCUUGCGCACCCAUACCUCGAACAAUACUAUGACCCACACGACGAGCCCGUAGCAGAAGAACCUUUCCGGUUCACGAUGGAGCUCGACGAUCUACCGAAGGAAACCCUGAAGAGCCUCAUCUUCGAAGAGACUCUGCUUUUCUAUCAAAUUCAGAACUCGUAAACUGACCAUGGUAACAAUUGCUGAACGUUUUUAUCGUUUUAUUGCAAUGACGGGCUUCAGCUGCAAUCCACAGAUAUCAUAUCUAAUCAACCCAUGAUUACCAGAAUCGAAUUUUCUCGAACUUCACAUAAGUGUUUAUUAUGACGUCCGUCGCAUUCUCUAUUUUUAUUGCGUGGUGCUGACAGCUAUGACGAGUGUUAAAUAAUUAUAUUCUUUCAAUAUUAUAAUUUGACUGGUAACAUUUAAUUACAAAUUACAACUAAUUUUGAAUAAAUAAAUGGAUUUAAUUUUAAUACAAAAAAUAUUGCUGGCUUCUCAUGCUUAAAUGAAUUUUAAAUAUGUCAGUGUCAUUAUUAUUAAGAUUAUAUGAAUUGUUUUGUCUUCUGGUAUGACUUGAAAAUUGUUCUGUUUAACGUAGGUAUUAUAAAAGUAGACGUAUCUAGAUAGGAUUUUUCUGAAAUUUAUCAAAGUUAAUACCUAGUCGUUCUUUAGAGGUUCGAGACGACGAAGUAUUUUUCAGUAUUACAUCAACGUAUUGAGACUAACUUUAUCGAAGGUUUUAAAUCGAUAUAUAUAAAUGCAUGAAUGCACUGUUUUGGUCUUCGUUAAAAAACUUGUGUUAUACUGUCUUCCCGUCUCUCGUUUGCGCACAAUAUGAAUUUUAGAAUAACAUUCAUAUCAAUUUUAAUGUACUUUGUGUCUUAGUUACGUGCGUAGGUUACAAGUUUUUCAACGAAUGCUUAUUGUGAUGGAUUGUGAUUCGUCAACACGUAGGGAAACACUGUCAUUUUAAUAAUUGGAUUUUAGAGAUAAGAACUUCGCAAGAAAAAUGAUUCCGCAUCGAUGAGAUUACUAAAAUACUCAAACGCCAAUACGUGGUAAUGCGGAUAUUACAUAAAUUUCGGUUGACGAAUCACAUGGUUUCUUAUAUUGUUACUCUACUCUACCAGAUGUGAAUUGUCAAAGUUUUGGAUAUGGAUAGUGAAUAUUUACUAAGAAGUUGUUGAAAAAGGGAGCAUUAGUCUUGAUAGUUUGAUAUUGUGAAACGUUUAACUUUUGUCUUAUGCCCACUCAUGGGAUUUAAUGUUGUGAUUUCGAUUACGAUGUUUAUUAGCUUCUUGUCAACGUUAGUCUGCGAAGAUUAUGUAUUCAGGAACUUAGUCCGCUAGUUUGGAAAAUGUCAGGUAGCGCCAGCCAUGUUUGCUGUCAAUGUCAAACAAACGUUUGUCAACUUCACCUAAGACGAUCUAAUAGACUACCAUACUAAAAGUAUUGUCUUUGAAUUUUCAUAAUCGCAUUCCUGAAUCCUCAAGUAUUGACGUAGUCUUGCUUUUAAAGGUAAAAGUAAGGCUCUGAAUUGUCGCGCUAUCUGUACUAAAUAAUAAUAAGAAAUAUUUAUGCAGUAUUUUCAUGUGACGCAGACUACGUUGUAAAUUCGCAUUGUUUGAGAUUUAAACCAUUUUACUCUAUACGUUACUAAAUGUGUACAUUUUAACACCAAUUAGCGACACAAUUCGAUUGUUCAAAAUUGUGCAGUUAAUUAGUUUAAGCUUCUCGACUCGUAGACCCCGUAUCCCAUACCCCGAUUUUGCCGACAAAUUUAUGGCAUAUUAGAAGUCGUAUUUAAUAAUGGCUGUCAUUUCUUGUUCGUUGACAGCUGAAGUUUCACUUGUUAAAUAUUUGUAUCGUAAUUUAAAUUAUUUUUCGAAAUAAAAGUUUUAGGCUAAUUAGUUGACAUAAGAAUUUUUUCCUUCAUAGUCACUUACGCUACGUGAAAAAUUACUAACAGUAUGAGAUGACUACAGAUUUCACGUAUGUAUUGUUAAAAUAUGAGUGUUGCCAUAUUUUCUUAAGUCAUUAUGUACAAAUUGGAUAUUGUAAGAUCAUUUGUUAUCUGUCAACAGUUGAAUUGAAUAUUACGAAAAUAAAAUUUAAACAAGA